ACGGGGAAAACCAAACCAAAAACCAAUAAAAUGCGCUGACUGCGUAACGUGGAUCUGAUUUUUAUUAUUAGGACUAGCAUAUGUAUACUUUCUCGUACCUAGAAGCUUAAAUAAAUACUAGUUAAUAGGAUAGCCGUGUAAAAUGUAUGUAAACAAACAUUUCAGCCGCUUGUCUAAUAAGCUAUGAAGGAAAGAGUUAAUUUCCAUUGAAUAAACAAACCUUGAAAUUGGACGCGUGUAGUCGUGUGAGCAUUUAUGUUACAGUCUUGUGAUACAAUGGAGCCACAAACUAAUGGAACGAAUGGCACAAUGUCCCCAUCGAUCCUCAUAACCGGCGGGGCGGGGUACAUCGGCUCCCACACGGUCGCCGUCUUCCUGGAAGCGUCCACGCCCCACGAGCUGGUGGUCGUGGACAACUUGUCCAACGCGCACAGAGAACAGGGGCAGAAGAAGCCGGAGUCUCUGAGGAUAGUGGAGGAACUGACGGGGAAGAAUAUACACUUCUACGAUGCUGAUAUUAGAGAUGCGGAGAAGUUGAGCGAGAUUUUUAACAAGCACAACAUAGAGUGCGUCAUCCACUUCGCGGCGUUGAAGGCAGUGGGAGAAUCAGUCGACAAACCAUUGGAGUACUAUCAAGUCAACAUCUCUGGGACAUGCACGCUCUUCGACGUAAUGCGUAAACAUGGCGUCUACAAACUAGUGUACAGUUCUUCCUGCACCGUGUACGGGGAGCCUCAGAAACUGCCGAUCGACGAGUCCCACCCCACGGGCCUCGGCCUCACGAGCCCCUACGGCAAGUCCAAGUACUUCUGCGAGGAGAUCAUGAAGGACAUCUGCCGGAGCGACUCUAAAUGGACAGUGGUGUCGCUGCGUUACUUCAACCCCGUUGGAGCCCACCUAAGCGGCCGCAUCGGUGAGGACCCAGCGGGCACGCCUAACAACCUGAUGCCGUACAUAUCACAGGUGGCUGUAGGCCGUCUUCCAGAGCUGCAGGUAUUCGGCAACAACUACCCAACUUCAGACGGCACCGGCGUCCGCGACUAUAUUCACGUGGUAGACCUGGCAGCUGGGCAUGAGCGAGCCGUGCGUCUGCUGCAGCAGCCGGGCGCUAGCGGCUUCCAUGCCGUCAACUUAGGCACCGGCGUCGGCUACUCCGUCCUCCAAAUGAUAAAAGCUUUCGAAGAAGCCAGCGGACGCAAGAUCCCAUACAAAAUAGUCGGCCGGCGCCCUGGAGACAUAUCCGAGAACUAUGCUGACGUCUCGCUCUCGCACAGGCUGCUGGGCUGGCGUGCGACAAGGACGCUCGAAGACAUGUGCAGGGAUACUUGGAGGUGGCAGAGCGCGCAUCCUAACGGGUUUAAGAGUUAGAUGUUAUUGAAAAAUGAAUUUUAUUUGCAUCGGCAUAAGGUUUAUUUCCAAAUAUUAUACCAAAUUUUACUAAGUGAAAGAUUUAUUUUAAGUGCCAUUUUAUUUUGACGAAUAGUUAACGGACUUAAGUUUAUUUUAUUUAUAUUUUAACAAGGCGUUCCUAUUAAGUUGCCAUACUUAAUUUAAAUGGUACUGUAAAUGUACAUGAAAUAUUUAGUUUAUUUUUAUUCAUAAUUAUUAUAUUACCAAAACGAAUACCAAAGGCACUGUUUGAAAAACGAAUUAUUUAUUUUAGCAUUUAAUGUGGAUAAUGCAUUUGCUUGGUGUUUUAUUUUAUUAUGAUAACGAUGCAUUUACACAUUUUAUUACUGGUAAGUUUCAAGUUUUUGUUUUAAAUGUUGAUUUAUCUACAUUUAUUUAAAAUAUAAUCCAGCGUAUUAUUUAAUGUUAUUAUAACUUAUCAUUCCAUUUCAUCUCAGUGUUAUAGAUUUUAUUUAUUUCUU